GAGAGAGAUGCAGCGAGCGAGGCAGAGAGAAGGUCAGACUGGGAGGAAUUCUCUGGACGGACGGUGAUGCACAGAGAGGUAGCCGAUGAUUUUAGGGUUUUUUUUAACAUUAAAGGAAGCCAGAGUAGCACAGAGACCAGUACAAUAGGGCAGCCAGAGAAAACCAGGCCACCAGGUAGAUUUUUAUUGAGACUUUCAUCCUUUAACCAGCCCUCUAAGAUCCUUUUAGAUUAGACUGAAAGAUGAGCUCAGCUUGCAUGCUCUUAAACGUACGUACCAAAAUCUCCAACCUGAUGUUACUUUCAACACUGGACAGCAUUUUUUCAUCCAGCAACUGAAAGAAGAUUCAAGACGUGAUUUAAGAUCUGCAAGGAGCAUCUUUUACACUAUUUUACCACAUCAAUGGCGGUGAAUCCUCUAGAAGGUCUAAUGUCAGUGGCAGCAAACCACCAGCUAGUCUCCAGCCCUACGGCUGAGGCCCAGAGGCAGCAGAGCCGUGCGGCCAGGAGUCCAGCAGACCUGCUCGGACACAGGCAGGGGUCACGGAGCAGCCGGGAGCCGAGGAAGAGGGUUCCCACUGUGUGUGAGUCCAGAUCAGACUUUGGCUCCAGAUGUCGGUCUGCCGUCCAGCCCCGGUCUCUGAGAAGUCAGACCUCACCAGAAAACGCAGCACGAGAAAGAAGCCGCGUACGAAAUCUACGCCAGGCCUUCCACAGUCUGCAGGCCGCUCUGCCUUCAGUCCCACCGGACACUAAACUGUCUAAACUGGACGUCCUGGUUCUGGCUACCAACUACAUCGCUCACCUGACGGAGACGCUGCACCAGGGAGGGACGCUGGCCGAUCACAGCUUGGCUGCCAGGUCAGGGGGAUACCUGCAUCCUGUUAAGAAGUGGCCCAUGCGGUCCCUACUCUAUUGUGGCAGCGUGGGAGAUCUCCUCGCAAACAUCCCAGCCAAUCAGAGGACACCAUCUGGACGGAAGAGGACGCGGCAGCAAACGUCCGACCCAGAGGAAACAAAGGAGUGAUGUUAACAGGAAAACCUUCAGCCCGGUCUCUGUUCUCUGCUGUUAACUCUUCUGCACAGCUCUGAAGACCUGCCGUGGACAUUUGUGGUGAAAAUUAGAGACUUUCAAAAGAACUCUGUUUCCUGUAAUAACACACAGUUUGAUUCAUUUCUAGAGAUCUGCAGAAGUUUAAACACUCGAUGGGAAACAUAACAGUCAGCACAGAAAAUGACCUUCAGGUUCUUUAAUUCAGGCCACAACAAAUGCUUCAUCACUGAGCCUUCAUCACUGAGCCUUCAUCACUGAGCCUUCAUCACUGAGCCUUCAUCACUGAGCCCUUGUCACUGAUGCCUCGUUAGUCAGCUGAAUGUUUGAACCUGUUCAUUGUCGUCUGAAUGCUGCAUCUUUUUUAGAGGAAAGACCCUUAAACAGGGGAGUCUGAACAAGUUUUCACUGAGAGCCACAUACAGAGAACAUGAGAAUGACUGGGCCACUUAAAUCCACCCUACCUUUGGAGUUUUAGUUAGAUACACUAUUAUUUGGCUCUGACCAUUACAGCAGCAGGACCUGUAAUGACGUUGCAUUCAAACACGUACUUUAAUAUGAAGUUGGUCCCUUUUGCAGCUAUAACAGCCUCCAUUUUUCUUAGAAGGCUUUCCACAAGACUUUGUAGUGUUUCUGUGGGAAUUUGUGCCUCUCCAUUCUGUCAAGCAUCUAUGAGGUGAGGCACUGAUGCUGGACCAGAAGGCCUGGCUCACAGUCUCUGUUCCAGUUCAUCCCAGUGAGGCUUGAUGGUGUUGAGGUCAGGGCUCUGUGCAGGCCAGUCAAGUUCUUCUACCCUAGGGGUGUCAAACUCAAUCACAGCAGGGGCCAAAAUAAUAACAGUCUUGUGCAAAGGUUGUUUCCAUCACAGUACCGAGCUUGAAGUCACUUAGCUCUUCAGAACGACCCAUUUAGGAUCACGAAUGUUUGUAAAUGGAGUCUGCAUGGUUGGGUGCUUGAUUUUAUACACCUGUGGCAACAGCUCUGAUCAGGGGUGUAGCACUGGGGAGGAAAAGGGUUCCCACAGUAGGGAGCAGUGUUAAUUUCGUUGACUAAAACUUGGACUAAAACUAUUUGUCGACAGCCUUUUUUCCAUGACAAAAACUUGACUUAAACCAACAAAUAUAGAUCUGUGAUGGCUAAAACUGACAAAAAAUAAGUUUAGUUUUUUUCAAAAUGACUAAAACUAGACUAAAAUGUAAUUUAGUUUUCGUCGGGCAUUCAGAAUCUGUGAUAUUUCUCCACUGUAGGUAA